GUAUUAUGUGUUUUCUAUCCAGAUUCCAACCUGUUUCUUUUAUUGUCGGCACCUUCGUAUUAUGUGUUGAGAACUAAGACAGAGAUGCUUGGUCUUGUUGAAGUCUGCCACCCAGAAAAUUACAAGAUUGGCUUACUGGCUGGUGGAUCAACGAGCGGGAAAGUACAUAGAUAGCAAAUCCGAAGCUUAAGAAAAAGACCUGCUAGGUAAGCAACAAUAACGUAGAUCAAGCUAGGCAAGAAGUACGGGCUAACUCCAGUUCAGAUUGCACUUGGAUUUGUAAGGGACCGUCCAUUUGUGACAAGUUCAAUAGUUGGUGCCACUUCUGUCAACCAACUGAAAGAAAACAUUGGUGAUUUUCUGUUGACUGAGAGGCCUUUGCCACCGGAAGUGGUGGCUGAUAUUGAAGAGAUUUUCAAGAGAUACAAAGAAGCCACCUUUUGAAAGAAAAAGUCGCCUUAGGAAGUGUAAUUAUUACGUUUCUUGACACAUCUGGUUUAGAGGACGAUCGAAGGUCAAUGCUUCCGAUUUUGCGGUCACCAACUACCCAUGACAGGACAAAGCCUCAACUUCCCUUUUGGGAUUAUUAUGUAUCCUUCUUACCUUACCUUACUGUAUUUUCCUCUAACGUGCAUAAAAGUGUUGUUUUCGUUUUUUUAUUCCCCCUUUAAACCAGUGAGAGCUGGAUCUCUAUAUAUCAAGAGUUAGUGAUAGAAAGUUGGGAGAUUGUCAAUUUUGAUCUGCUAAUUUCAUGCUGUGUUGGAUUCAUGCAAUUGCAUCAUGUUUAAAAUUAAUCCGAUGUUAUGCUCCCUUUUGUCUGUUUUAAUACAAGAGAGAAUCGAGCGUAAAUACUCUUAACUCUAAACUACUUGAGUUACAAGUUCUUUGCGUGAAUUUUGUGACUCGACAAAAGAGAGUCCUUCGAGUUCUUGGCAAAGGAUUGCGACCGAUGAUAGCCGUGCACCUUCAACAGUCUCUUCAAUUUGUUUUGCAGAAGUAUCAUCGCCAAAUUUUUUGCAGUCUUCUUCCAUCUGCAACUGUUUUUCCUUCACUUCUCAAAUCAAACCACGUGGCAGAAUCAGAUUGGGAGUAAUAAUUUUUAAUUUAAUAUUUUUGAAAGGUAGUUUAACUCGUUGGUGGGACGUGGAUGAAGAGAAAGAGGCGCGCCAAUAUCUCGCCCUCUUUUCUUUUGAGCUGCAAACUUCCCUAAACAUGCUCAGAAACUGAAUAUUCACAUCUUCUGCAAAAUUUUACGGUGAAUAUCUGAGGCUGUUCGAUCGACUUCCUUGAGAAUUUUUCACGAGAGCCAAUUUGUAACUGAAGAAGCUAUUGAUUUCCAACAAGUUGGUGACCCGAUUGAGGUUCCCAAGUUUUUUGUUUUGGGAAUGUAUAUGGUUCUUGUUUAGAAGGGCACUAGGAAUUUGAUGAGAGGCCAAAGUGGAAGAAAGCAUAUUCCUCUAUGAAGACUGGUGAAGGGAAGUCGCCGAUGCAGUUGUCGGUUGAGCUUGCUUCUUCUUCGGCGUUUAAUUCCUUACGAAAGUUUCAGAUGGAAUGGCAGAUCCUGCUAGCUAUGGGAAUUAUGAGCGUGAUACUGAACAAGCACUCAUUGCAUUAAAAAAAGGUUCCCAGUUAAUCAAGUAUAGCCGGAAAGGACAGCCAAAACUUCAUACAUUCAGAAUUUCUACUGAUGAAACUACACUAAUCUGGUAUUCACAUGGAGAAGAACGAACUCUGAAAUUAGCUUCUGUCUCUCGAAUUAUCCCCGGACAGAGAACAGCUGUGUUUAGAAGGUAUUUGCGCCCAGAAAAGGAUUACUUGUCAUUUUCUCUUCUAUAUAAGAACGGUGAACGAACACUUGAUCUGAUCUGCAAGGACAAAGCUGAGGCAGAGAUAUGGUUUGCUGGCCUUAAGGCGGUAAUUACUUCAGGAAAAGAGCGUAGUAGACGUAGUCAGAGUGAUAUUUCUGAUUUGCAAGACUCUGCUGAAUCUGUUCAUGGCCAUCCAUUUGGUGCGACAUUAGAGUUCACGUCAAGCAUUGCCAGUGGUAGGGUAUCCGUUGAUUCUCAUGAAUCAGUGAAUUUGGCAGGCUCAGAUGUGGGUUCAGAACGUGCAAACAUGCAACUAAGAACAAGUGCAGGAGAUGGUUUUCGAAUUAGUGUUUCAAGCACUCCUAGCUGUUCAAGUGGAGGGUCUGGACAUGAUGAUAUAGAAUCACUAGGAGAUGUUUAUGUGUGGGGAGAGAUCUGGUCUGAUGGAAAUGGACCUGAUGGGUCUGCAAAUUCAAUCUCUAAAAAAAUCGAUGUGCUGAUUCCAAAGCCCUUGGAGUCGAAUGUUGUUCUUGAUGUUCAGCAGAUAGCUUGUGGUGUGCGACAUGUUGCUCUUGUAACAAGGCAAGGGGAGGUUUUCACCUGGGGAGAGGAAUCGGGUGGAAGACUCGGUCAUGGGAUUGAUAGAGACUUUAGUCGUCCUCGCCUUGUUGAGUUCCUCGCAAUUAAUAACAUUGAAUUUGUUGCAUGUGGUGAGUACCACACAUGUGCUGUAUCUACAUCAGGUGAUUUGUUUACGUGGGGUGAUGGUACACAUAAUGCUGGACUUCUUGGUCUUGGAACUGAUGUUAGCCACUGGAUACCUAAAAGGGUUACCGGUCCUUUAGAAGGACUUCAGGUUCUAUCUGUUGCAUGUGGCACAUGGCAUUCAGCUUUAGCAACUUCGAAUGGAAAGGUAUUUACAUUUGGAGAUGGAGCGUUCGGUGUUUUGGGCCAUGGGGAUCGAGAGAGUGUUCCGUAUCCAAGGGAGGUACAGUCGUUGAAUGGACUAAAGAAUAAAGUAGCAUGCGGAGUUUGGCAUACUGCAGCUAUUGUAGAAGUUAUGGGCCAGUCUGGUACAAAUGCUUCAUCUCGUAAGUUGUUCACCUGGGGCGAUGGUGACAAACAUCGUUUGGGUCACGAAAUCAAGGAAACUUAUCUGCUUCCCACCUGUGUCUCUUCACUUAUCGACUAUAAUUUCCACCAGCUAGCAUGUGGACACACUAUGACUAUUGCCCUCACCACAUCAGGUCAUGUGUUUACCAUGGGCGGAACUGCAUAUGGCCAGCUAGGCAAUCCAAGUUCUGAUGGGAAAGUACCUUGUUUAGUACAGGAUCGAUUGGUUGGUGAGUUUGUCGAAGAAAUAUCUUGUGGGUCAUAUCAUGUUGCUGUCCUGACAUCAAGAAGUGAAGUGUUCACUUGGGGAAAAGGUGCUAAUGGAAGACUGGGACACGGGGACACAGAAGACCAGAAAACUCCAACUUUGGUUGAAGCCCUAAAAGAUAGGCAUGUGAAAAGCAUAUCGUGCGGCUCAAACUUCACAUCUAGUAUAUGCAUCCAUAAGUGGAUCUCUGGAGCUGAUCAAUCAAUUUGCUCAGGUUGUCGACAGACAUUUGGUUUUACUAGAAAGAGGCAUAACUGUUAUAACUGUGGACUAGUCCAUUGCCAUGCUUGUAGUUCCAAGAAAGCACUGAGGGCAGCUUUGGCCCCGACUCCUGGAAAACCUCAUCGUGUAUGUGAUGCUUGUUAUGCGAAACUUAAGGCUGCUGAGGCUGGUAAUGCUUCCAGUGUUAGUAGGAGAUCUAGGGUCACACGCUCGAUGGAUAGCAGGGAUUUACUAAGUAGAGUAGAGGUGAAAUCUUCAAGGAUUCUUCUCUCUCCCUCUAUAGAACCCGUUAAAUACCUUGAGGUCAAGUCCAUGAAGCCUGGUGGUGUCAGAUCCGAAUCCCCUUCUAUAGUCAGGGCUUCCCAAGUUCCAUCCCUUUUACAACUUAAAGAUAUUGCAUUUCCAAGUUCGUUGAGUGCACUUCAAAACGUUUUGAAGCCUGUCAUGACAACGCCGUCUCAGCCCAAUUCGAGAUCUACUUCACCAUAUUCAAGGAGACCUAGUCCUCCCCGGUCUACAACUCCUAUAUUCUCUAGGAGUGUUAUUGACAGUCUUAAGAGAACAAAUGGCACUCUGACUCAAGAAGUAUCAAAGAUGCAAAACCAGGUUAAAAGUCUGAAGCAUAAGUGUGAUGCUCAAGAGGUAGAGAUAAAGAAACUACGUAAACAUGUGAAAGAAGCUGGCUCAUUAGCCGAUGACCAAUACUCGAAGUGCAGAGCUGCCAAAGAACUCGUCAAGUCCAUCACGGAACAGAUGAGGGAAUGGGAAGACAAGAUACCUCCUGAGAUUUCUGACAGCGAUACUUUCAAAGCAUUGCGUACGCAAGCUGAGGAUUUUAUGAACACGAAUAUUGGAAGGCCAAGCUCAGAUCUUGACCAACACUAUGCAACCGAUAGAACUUCCUUGGUUGUUGAGUCUUCUAGAAUGGAAGACAACAAGGCUAAAGACUCUGCAGAGGCUGAACAGCAAAACAGCUCAGAAAACCACUCGAAGUCACCUGAAUCAUCAACGUUGCAGACAGAAGACAACAGAUCAGAAAACUUUGCGGAUGCUGGACCUCAAAACCGCUCAAGGUCACCAGAAUCAUCAAUGUCACGGACAGGACAAAAGGAAGUCAUUGAACAAUUUGAACCGGGCGUUUAUGUAACUCUCCUUCAACUAAAAAAUGGUAUUUGGGUUUUUAAGCGUGUUAAAUUCAGCAAACGGAAGUUUAGUUCGGAACAGGCAGAAGCAUGGUGGAAAAACAACAAAGAUAGGCUGCUUAGGAGAUAUAGUCAGCCGAAUACAAGUCCUGCUCCGAGUGUACCACCACCCAGCCGUCCUAUACCGCCCGAGGAAAACAGCGAGGCAGCCGCAGCUUCCCCGACUUAGUUUUAUAACUUAGUCUCUUAACAGUAUGGUUUAGAAACUUGGUAAGUAGGAUCAAAGGAUCUGCUAUAGAAUGGCAGUGUAUGAAUCAGUUAGGUGUAAACUUAUCUUGUUAAGAACAGAACAAAAUAGAGCGGCAUCCUUGUUCUUCUUUCUUUUCUUAUUUUGUCUUUGUUUUUUUUAUCUAGGGGAAUUAUUGAGAGGAUUUCUACUCCUCCAUUAAAAAGAAGAGCUUCAAUAUCAUUCUUUCAUCCA